UCCGUUACUCUGUUAGCAUUUCGCUGUUGCACAAGGACUUUGCAGCUUUCAGUGACUUUAAAGGACAAACAGACACGAAACGACAAAAUAGAUUUCUACAAGUUGUAACCGGAAGUUAACUACGUCAUUUCCGGUUGCGGUUCCGUAUGACGUAACUUGUUUUGGGGUUUAAAAACGCAGCAGAUGAUCAGCAGAGUCUUCAGCGCAUCAGCUGCAGUGCGAUGGCGAGCGGCUCAGACCAGACUCUCCUGCAGCGCUCCAACAGGUGAGGAAAAGCCCCGCCCCUCCAUGCUGCGACACCUGACCUCCAAAAUAAAAGCCACAGGUCCGAUCACGGUGGCGGAGUACAUGAGAGAGGCGCUCACCAACCCGGUGACGGGUUAUUAUGUGAGGAACGACAUGCUGGGACCCGACGGAGAUUUCAUCACAUCGCCAGAAAUCAGCCAGAUCUUUGGAGAGCUGCUCGGCGUCUGGACCCUCAGCGAGUGGAUGGCAGCCGGUCGCCCCAAACGGCUGCAGCUGGUGGAGCUCGGACCCGGAAAAGGAUCUUUAGCCGGGGACGUCCUCAGAGUGUUCAGUCAGUUGCGGUCCGUGGUGGGCGGAGCCUCGGUGUCGCUUCACCUGGUCGAGGUGAGUCCGGUGCUGAGUCGUCUUCAGGCCCAGAAUCUGACCGGCAGCCGCAACCGGGAGGCGGACGGCGAGGACCAGCUGGUGUACCGCCGUGGGGAAACCGCCGCCGGGGUCCCGGUGUCCUGGUACCGCCGCCUGGAGGACGUCCCCUCAGGAUUCAGCAUCUUUCUCGCUCACGAGUUCUUUGACGCUCUGCCCAUCCACACAUUUCAGAGGACGCAGCGAGGCUGGAGGGAGGUGAUGGUGGACGUCGACCCCGAGAAGACGGAGCGGCUGAGGUUCGUCUUGGCGCCGUCUCCCACGCCGGCCUCCACCACGCUCGUGCAGCCAGAUGAAAGGCGGGGUCACGUGGAGGUGUGUGCGGAGGGCGGAGUCGUGGUCCAGCAGCUCGCCCGGCGGAUCGUAGAGGACGGCGGCGCGGCGCUGAUCGCCGACUACGGCCACGACGGAACCAAGACGGACACGUUCAGAGGCUUCAAAGGCCACCGGCUCCACGACGUCCUGUCGGCGCCCGGCUCGGCCGACCUCACCGCCGACGUGGACUUCAGCUUCCUGCGGCGGAUGGCCGGAGGGGGCGUGGCCUGUGUGGGACCCGUCACCCAGAGGACGUUCCUGAAGAACAUGGGCAUCGACGCCCGGCUGCAGGUUCUCCUGAGGAGCUGCAGCGACGCGUCCGCCAGGGAGCAGCUGCUCGCCGGCUACGACCUCCUGACCGGCCGCUCCCAGAUGGGCGAGCGCUUCCACUUCUUCGGCCUGCUGCACCGCAGCCGGCUGGCCGAGCCCACGAGGCCGGGGGGGCUGAAGCUGGAGGGGAAGCGGAGCGCGGCGCCGCUCCCCGUGGCCGGAUUCACCGAGCUCAGCUUCUCCUGAAGGGCCUCCGUGGACGGGUCGGGGGAGGGGUCAAACGGGGAGGUCGGGCUGGAAGAUCGUGUUCAUGGUGGACAUCGGAAAGACGUUUUGAUGUGAAGAUGUGAGAUAAUAAAGAAGUUGUCGAAUUUAUUGGUUGAAUAACACAUGUCCCGUUUACCAAAUUCUGCCGACCACGGAGGUUUGUGACCCCCCGAAGGUCAGAGGUCAACCCCGGCUGCAGGAGGAUCCCCUCGCGCCUCCUGUCCGUCCACAUCUUGAGGCGGUUAGAGCCGGUUCCCCGUGAGGCCAAAGCCAGCAGCCGAACCCUCCAGAGGAGCCCAGCGCUCGGGGUCGGGGGUCGUUACCGGCUCCUCCUCCCGUGUUUUCCAACCAGACUGUCGCACAUUUGGAAUUCAUUAGUGCAGUUUAUUACUAAACCGCCUACAGCUGAAGAGGUUUAAGUUGUGGCUUUUUAAACCAAAUUUAAAUGUGGGAUCAGACACAAUUCAAGACGGCUUUCUGGCUCCUCUUAUAGAUUUAAAAAAGAGCACAUUAACUCUAAAUAUUCUUUGUUUACUGAACAUUGCAGAAUAUUCUGGUUAAUAAAAGUGCAAAGAUUUUAAUGAGAUUUUCAGACUUCAAAAUUAACUUAUUGCUCUUUCUGUUCACAUCAGUGAUUAAAACCCAUAAAACCUCUAA